GUUUAUUGCGAAAAAUGUCGUGUCUUUUCCCAUUCCAUCUAAUGCGCUGUCAGCUGUCAGAAAUGAGUUCCAAUGGAUAAGUUUUUACUUACACAGUUAUAUAGGAGAGGGGUUAAUUUCCAAACCUUCACCAGAAUGGCGUCCUCUGAUAGUGGAAAGUUCAGAAAUCGUCUGGCAAAUGAGAAAUCUCCUUACUUGUUACAACAUGCUUCUAAUCCGGUUAACUGGUAUCCUUGGGGUAAAGAAGCUUUUACCAAAGCCCAAGAAGAAAACAAACCAAUAUUUUUAUCUGUUGGUUACUCAACAUGUCAUUGGUGCCAUGUUAUGGAAAGAGAAUCAUUUGAGAAUGAAGAAGUUGGCAAGAUUCUCAAUGAUGAUUUUGUUUGUAUAAAAGUGGACAGAGAAGAAAGACCUGAUGUGGAUAAAGUCUACAUGACAUUUGUACAGGCUACACAUGGAAGUGGAGGAUGGCCUAUGAGUGUUUGGUUGACACCAGACUUGAAGCCUAUAGUAGGAGGAACAUAUUUCCCUCCAGACGAUAGAUAUUAUGGCAGACCAGGGUUUAAGAGUAUUCUGAAAAAGAUUGCACAACAGUGGGUGGAGAAGAGAGAGUUGAUAGAUCAUCAAGGAACAGCCAUAUUGGAUGCAUUGAUGAAUGGUACAUUGUUAGCAGGGUCAGCUGACCUAGGAUGUCCUGGCAGGGAGAGUGUCUCUAAGUGUUAUCAAAUGUUACAAAAGUCAUAUGAUGAAGAAUUAGGAGGGUUUGGUAAAGCUCCGAAGUUCCCCCAGCCAGUGAAUUUUAAUUUCCUGUUCCAUUUGUAUGCCACAGAACCUAACAGUGAAGUAGGUAAGACGGCCUUAGAGAUGAGUCUGCAGACACUCAGGUUCAUGGCUAGAGGAGGAAUUAAUGAUCAUGUUUCUAAAGGCUUUCAUAGAUACUCUACAGACACACUGUGGCAUGUGCCACACUUUGAGAAAAUGUUGUAUGAUCAAGGACAGUUGUUGGUGGCUUAUGCCACAGCCUAUCAAAUAACUAAAGAUGAAACGUUUGCUGAUGUUGCCAGAGAUAUAGUGGAAUAUGUAACUAGAGAUUUACAAAGUCCCGAAGGUGGGUUUUAUAGUGCAGAGGAUGCUGAUUCCUACCCAGUAGAUGACACUUCAGAGAAAAAAGAAGGUGCCUUCUGUGUUUGGACCUACGAGGAGAUACAGUCUCUUCUGAAGGAACCAGUAGAAGAUAAACCAGACAUUAAAAUGGCUGACAUAUUUUGUUUUCAUUAUGAUAUAAAAGAGGAUGGAAAUGUUGAUCCUAUGCAGGAUCCACAUGAUGAAUUGAAGAAUCAGAAUGUUUUGAUUGUUAAAGGUUCUGUAGGACAGACUGCAGAGAAAUUUCCUAUUGGAGUUGAUAAGACCAAACAGAUAUUAGAGCAAUGUCGUCAAAUUCUAUAUGAAGUCAGACUGAAGCGACCAAAACCACAUCUUGAUACUAAGAUCUUAUCUGCAUGGAAUGGAUUAGUAAUAUCUGGUUUAGCAAAGGCAGGGUCUGUUUUGCCUAACAAAGAUUUCGUGGCCAAAGCAGAAAAUGCUGCCUCUUUUAUACAGAAAUACUUAUACAAAGCAGAUGAUAAUGUCUUAUUACGUAGCUGUUACACAGAAGGGAAGGAUGUUGUCCAAGGACAGACAGUUAUACAAGGUUUUGUAGAUGACUACACAUUUAUGAUCCGAGGUCUGUUGGAUUUAUAUGAAGCCAGUUUUAAUGACAAGUGGCUAUCCUGGGCAGAGUCACUUCAGCAGAAACAAUACGAGUUAUUCUGGGAUACAGAAGAUGGAGGAUACUUUAACAGUGUUGGUAAUGAUUCCUCCCUUGUACUCAGACUUAAAGAAGAUCAAGAUGGCGCUGAGCCUUGUUCAAACUCAGUAGCUGUGAGUAACUUACUCAGACUUUCAAACUUCAUUGAUAAACCAGAAUACAUAGAGAAAGCUAACAAGAUAUUGACUGUGUUUAAUGAACGUUUGAUGAAAAUUCCUCUUGCUGUACCAGAGAUGGUUUCUGGACUUCUGUUUUCUCUGUCAACAACAAAACAGAUAAUCCUUGUUGGUGACCCUGGUUCUGAAGAUCUGACAGCCCUGAUUGACUGUGUGAACAGUCAUUUUAUUCCUAACAAAGUACUGAUAAAAAGUGAUGGACAAAAUGAUAGUUUUCUAAAAUCAAAAUUAGACAUUCUACAAACACUAACUAAAAAAGAUGGUAAAGCUACAGCGUAUGUAUGUGAAAAUUAUACUUGUUCCCUACCAGUGACAUCAACAGAGCAAUUGUUAAAACUAAUCAGCUGAUUGAGAUCAAAUACAUGUAUACUAUAAAUCAUAUUGAUGUAAUACUGUAUCCCUGUUUUUAAAGAGGUAAUCAGAGGAGUCUUACUAUUUUAUCACCUUGUGGUUUGCUAUCAUAAGUUUUAUUUAUGACUGGUCAAAGCCAUUCACACCAUAUUGGCUUCAUAUGAAGUGGUUGUAUAAUAAUAUCACAAUGUAGACUGCUUUACCCCUAUAUUUGACAUUUUUACCUAUCAUGUCUGUUUGUUUUGUUUACAGGUAAUUGUCAAUAUAAUGGAAUUUUAUAUGACUUUCAUACAAGUGAGAGGUUAAUCUAGCUAUAACACAAAAUUUAAUCAAUUUUCUACAUAAGGAAAUUCCAGUACUAAGCCAGGAGUAUGUUGUUCGUAAUUUUUACCACAAAAAUGUGUUUGCUCCAUAUUUAAUGUCAAUUGUUCCCUUAUUCACUUCAUCCAUCUACUUGUAAUAAUAACAAUUUGUAGAACUAAAAAUAAAGAUUUUGAUAAAUGUUCGUUUAAAUUUAACCCGUAUAAUCUCAAAAUAUGUCUGAUCAAGCUAUAACAACCAGAUUUAAUCCACCAUUUUCUACAUAAGGAAAUGCCUGUACUUUGUGAGGAAUAUGACAGUUGUUGUUCAUUGGUUUGAUGUGUUGCCAAUUGAUAAGGGACUUUCCUUUUUGAAUUUUCCUCUGAGCUCAGUAUUAUUUUGUGAUUUUACUUUUUUUCUUGUCAGAUUGGUCACAAUUGUGACUGAUUGUUAGCAACUGAAGCUGCAAAACAACUUUUAGCAUAUCAAAGGUGAACAUUUCUAUAGAGAAAACUUAUUGUCUGAUUUUAAUAUUAAAGACAGAAAGCAACAACAACCAAAGAAUUACAUAUGCAACAUAUGAGAGCUUGUUUACCCGAAAGCAUAUUAAUCCAGUUUGAUUAUUGUGAAAACAUUUAAACUAAGAUAUUGUUUAACUUUAUAAUUUAUUUUCUACAGGAUGAGUGUUGUACAUUCAUUGUAAAUGAUUUUUUUUAAAUAAACAAAUUUCUGUAUUUGUUACUUUGGGCAUUGAAUAAAAUAUAAUCUGAAAACAAUUGUC